AUGGGCUGGUUUUCUGUGCCUGUGCUCCUAACUUGGCUGCUUCUUCAGGUGGUCUGGAGUCAGCCCGCUCUGGAGACAACUGAAAUAGAUGUAGAUGGAGGAAUUGAUCAAGACAUCUUUGACAUCAAUGAAGCUUUAGGACUAGAUCUUUUUGAGGGAGACAUCAAACUUGAUGGGAUUCAGGAACGAAACUCCAUCAUUGGUGAUGACUAUCGGUGGCCCCACGUUAUUCCCUAUGUCCUUGAAGAUAGCCUAGAAAUGAAUGCUAAGGGACUCAUCCUCAAGGCAUUUGAACAGUAUCGACUGAAAACCUGUAUUGACUUCAAACCUUGGGAAGGGGAGAAGAAUUACAUAUCUGUGUUCAAAGGAAGUGGCUGCUGGUCCUCAGUGGGAAACCGCCAGGUGGGAUUGCAGCAGCUCUCCAUCGGAGCCAACUGUGACAGGAUUGGGACGAUCCAGCACGAGUUCUUGCAUGCCCUGGGGUUCUGGCAUGAGCAGUCACGGUCUGACCGGGAUGACUACGUGUCCAUCGUCUGGGACAGGAUUCAGUCUGGUAAAGAACAUAAUUUUAAAAAAUACGAUGAUAAGACAUCAGACUCCCUGAAUGUUCCCUAUGACUAUACUUCUGUGAUGCACUACAGCCAAACCGCAUUCAGGAAUGGAACUGAGCCCACCAUCGUCACUAACAUACCCCACUUCAUGGAUGUAAUAGGACAGCGAAUGGAUUUCAGUGAUUAUGAUCUCCAGAAACUGAACCGGCUGUACAAUUGCUCCUCAUCCCUAAGUUUCAUGGACACGUGCAGUUUUGAACUUGGAAAUAUAUGUGGCAUGAUUCAAAGUUCAGAUGAUAACAGUGAUUGGCAGCGUUUGUCUUGGGCUUCUGCUGGGCCACAUACUGAUCACACGAAUAUGGGAGAAUGCGAAGAUUCUGGCUACUUCAUGCACUUUGACACCAGCUCUGGGGCAGAGGGAAGCACAGCUAUCCUGGAGAGCCGAAUUCUGUAUCCCAAAAGGGGGUUUCAGUGCUUACAGUUCUAUUUCUAUAACAGUGGUCACGAAAGCGACCGGCUGUAUGUCUGGGUCAGGGAGUAUACUUCAGCCCAUCCGAAUGGUACUUUGAGACUCAUUGAGGAGAUAAAAGGUUCACCUGCGAGUUACUGGCAGCUCCAUCAUAUUUCUUUGAAUGUCACAAGUAAAUUCCGGGUUGUGUUUAAAGGCAUGAAAGGAAGUGGUUUGUCAAAUGGAGGCCUCUCUAUUGACGACAUCAACUUGUCAGAAACUCAGUGUCCUCACCACAUCUGGCAUAUCAGAAAUUUCACAGAUCUCCUCAACACAAGUCCAGCAGGGACAGCAGGAAGAAUAUACAGUCCCCCUUUUUAUUCUAGUACAGGAUAUGCUUUCCAGGUCGGCUUGUAUGUAAAUGGUACCACCGAUAACCCAUUUAAUUUAGCAAUAUACUUGCACUUGAUUUCUGGAGCAAAUGACAAUCAGCUGCAGUGGCCCUGUCCAUGGCAACAAGGUACCAUGAUUCUGCUUGAUCAACAUCCUGAUAUUCGUCAACGGAUGUCAAACCAAAGAAGUAUAACAACUGACCCCCUGAAAUUAUCAGAUUCUUCAUCAACUUAUUUUUGGGAUAGGCCAGAUAAAGUGGGAUCCACAGCAUCUUUUCCCAAUGGAACUACAUUCAUGAGAGGUCCAGGAAGUGGGACGAAUGCAUUCUUAACUCAUCAGAGACUUAGAAGUCGCAACUUUAUUAAAGAAGAUGGUAUUUAUAUUCUUUUAACCAUGGAAGAUAUAUCACAUCUACUAUCAACUCAGCCAAGUGUUUCACCAACCUUUGUUACAAAUACAACCAGUGCCAGCACCACCACCACCACCACUACCACCACCAAACCUACCACGAGGUCUACCACCCCCAAACCUACCACGAGGCCUACCAUCACCACAACACCCACCACGACAACCUCUAUCACCCUGACUGAAAAGCCGGAGAUAGAGGUUCCCAAUUCCUGCCCAGACAACCCUUGUGAAAAUGAUGGGGUCUGCGUUAUUGUAGACAGAGCACCAGUGUGCAGAUGUCCAACAGGUGACAACUGGUGGUACAUGGGAGAAAAGUGUGAAAGGAAAGGCUCAACUCGAGAAAAUACUAUAAUAGCUGUUUCUUCAACCAUAAGUGUAUUUGUCGUAAUGCUCAUUGUCACUAUCACAACGGCAGUGUGCCUUAAAAAGAAAUACAGACAAAGAAAGGAAAAUGGGGAGAGCCUGAAUCUACAACAAAGUAAAACAUCCUUCUGA